ACAAUUUCUAACUUUUUUUAGUUGAUGCAGUUUAGUUUUUAGCAAAUUCAUGGAAAUGUCUUCAGGAGAAUGGUUAGCUGAUCUAGCAAAUGAAGAUCCAGAAACUCUAAUGCAUCAUUGUCAUAUGAUGAUGAAUUCUCAUAACAACGAUGAUGGAUUCAACGAUGAAAUCUUUCAACCCUUCACAGAUUAUAGCAUCUUUGCUACAAAUAAGUCAGUUUCUGAAGCCAAGAAAUCAAGUAUUAAUAGUAGUAAUUGGAGUUCUUCUGGGAAGCUUAUAUCAUUUGAGAGCUCUGAAUUUGAAGCAAAGUCUGAAGUUAUAUCUAAGAAGAAAGUCAAAAAUCGGAGCAAAAGAGUUGGAUCAACUUGUACUCCUACUGAACAUGUUGUUGCAGAGAGAAGGCGUAGGGAGAAAAUGUCUCAAGGGUUUCUUGCUCUCUCUUCCCUAAUUCCUGCUGGUAUGAAAAAGAUGGACAAGGCCUCUAUCCUAUCUGAUGCAGCUGAAUACUUAAAACAACUUGAAGAGCGAGCUAAAUUGUUGGAGCAGCAGACAACAAAGAGAACAGUAGAGUCAGUUUAUCUUGUUAAUAAGAUGCAAAACCAACAACCUAGAGAAGAUAAAUGCUUCAGUAAAACUAUCAAUCCUAAUGAUCUUUUUGAUAUUGAAGCCAGGAUUUUGAGCAACAAUUUCCUCAUCAGAAUUCACUCAUUAAAAAAAGAUGGUCUCAUUCGCAAAAUUGUAGAGGAAAUAAGGAAGCUUAAUUUAACAACUUUAAACUUUCAAACAGUGCCAUUUGGGAGCUAUGCCGUUGAUAUCACAAUUGUUGCUCAGGCGAGUGAUGAUUCUUGCAUGACAACGGAUGAUUUGGUGAAAAACAUAGGAAAGGUUCUCCAGCAACAUAUAGUUUCACUACAUGUUUAAAAUAAAGUAAUGAAUAUGAAAAUCCUUGCCGUUCAAAAUCUCUUCUUUGUCAAUUCUUAUUUCACUGUUUCCCACUCACAAAUGCUCUACAAUCCAAGGGUGGAUCUUUGCUUGAAAGAUGGCGGAAAGAAGUACGACUUUUUGUUUGUUGUUAAAGUGCUUGUUAAUUUAAUUAUUUUCAAAUAACCACGUGCCAAAAUUAUGAAACCCGUAAUAGAUUAAAAAAAGUGUUAUUUGACUUUUCAAACCUCUCUAGUCUGUGUAAGUGUAUGUGUAUCCUUUUUAUUUAGCUUUAUUACAUUAUUUGCAUAGACCGUCAC